AUGAGUCGGUUCUACGAUGAAGAUGAUAUGGAUACACAGGAGGACCCGCUAGAGUUUCAAGAUGAGGCAGAACUGGACGAUUACCUGAACGACGAGGAAUACGAUCUGAUGAAUGAGCUCUUCCCACGAGCAAAAGCAGAGCUGAGCGAGCACCAGGGAUGGGACAACCUGGCAGUGAAGCAGGCGAUCUGGGACGCGGAGUUCGACCUGGAGGCGGCGUUGGUGCAGCUGAAGCGGCGGUACAAGAAGAAAGGGCUUUCUGCGCUAGCGUCUUUGGCGAGCGCGCGGGCGGCGGCGCGCCCUGUGCGGGCGGCGGCGGGAACGAACGGCGCCUCGCUGUUGGACGGUCUGCGGGCGAAGGGGCUGUCUAGCGGGGCCAGCAAGCUGCAGAUGAAGCGGCCAGCGCUGCGAGCUGUGGACGCGACGCCGGCGCCGGGCGCGUCGCUGAUGCAGACGCUGUCGUCUCUGCGGAAGCAGUCGGCGGCGGCGACGCCUGAGGCAAAGCCUGUUGCAGCGCGCCCCGCAAGGACGGAGGCACGGCAAGACCAGUGGAUGGCCCUGGGGGCUCUUCUGCAGCGUCAGCCGUCCUUCAAGCCUGCAGCGCGCCCUGCACUGCAGCUGUCGAGCGUGCUCCUCUCGAGACAGACAGGAUGCGCAGAACCACGCAAAACCCAGCUCAAGAGGCGAGUGGAGGAGGUGUUCUCAGUUUUUUAUCCUAACAACUAUAAAGCAGCUAAGAAGCAGGCCAGUGCCAAUUUCAUGAAGCCCUCGCCGGAUGACGUGGUGUUGGAAUCCCAGAAGCGAGCCUUUGAGAUUAAGCAGGUGGCCGAGAAGGUGGCCGAUCUGAAAUUCAACAACAAGGACGCGGCCCCGAAGAACUACGAGGACGAGGAGGAGGAUUCGCGGCCGAAGGAGGGCGAACAGCCGUCGGCCAAGAAGGUUGUGCAGCCCACUAACCCGCGGAACCCAUUCGACAUCCCUGCAUAUGUACGUGAGAAGAAGCCCCAUAUGUCGUUUGUUGUUCUAGGCCAUGUGGAUGCGGGCAAGUCUACGCUGAUGGGGCGGUUGUUGUACGACGUGGGUGCUGUGGAUACCAAACUGAUAAGGCAAUUGAAGAGGGAGUCCGAGUUAGCGGGUAAGGGCUCCUUCCACCUAGCAUGGGUCAUGGAUCAGACCAAUGAGGAGCGCGCGCGCGGUGUUACUGUGGACAUCUGUACCAGUGAGUUUGAAACUGCAAAGUCCACGUUCACCGUUAUCGACGCACCGGGGCACAGAGACUUUGUUCCCAAUGCGGUUACAGGUGUUAACCUAGCGGAUGUGGCAAUCGUCACGAUCGACUGUGCUACCGAUGCUUUUGAAUCGGGGUUCAACCUGGAUGGCCAGACCCGUGAGCAUAUCAUAUUGGCGCGGUCGCUCGGCGUCAAGCAUAUUAUUCUAGCAAUGAACAAGAUGGACACCGUAGAAUGGCAUGAAGGGCGCUUCAAGGCCAUUCGGCUCGAACUCUUGAGUUUCCUGGAAGAUAUUGGGUUCAAGGAACCACAGACAAGUUGGGUUCCGUGCUCUGGAUUAACUGGGGAAGGGGUAUACCAAAAGGGUUAUCCUCCGUCCCAAAAUUGGUAUAAAGGCCCAUCCCUGGUAGACGAGCUCGAACGUGUUUCUGUCUCAUUUUUUGGACUUGAUGGGCAACAGGUAUCCGAGACCCCUUUCCUAUUUUCUCUUCUGGACACUCAUUCCAGCGGCAAGAACAAUGAAGUCUAUGUCUCUGGGAAAGUGCUUGGGGGUUCGGUUCAGCCUGGCGAAACGAUUACCAUAUACCCAUCAGAGCAGACUGUUGUGGUCGAUAACAUUUAUGUCGGAGAUAAAAGGAAUCCUGUAGGUGCCGCUGUGCAAAACGAUUUUGUUACUUUGAAGUUGAAGAACGCUAAUUUCGAAGAUAUAAAAGGGGGGGAUCUAGCUGCAAUUGUUGGCUUUGAUAUUCCAAGCCGUAAGACCUUCACCUCGCAAGUGCUGACUUUCAAGGUUGAUAAACCAGUCUUGCCCGGCGCUUCUUUCAUUUUAUUCAGAGGAGGAGCGCAAUGCUCUGCACGUAUAAAAAGUCUGCACCAAGCUGUUGAUAAACAGGAUCCCUCAAAGGUCCUGAAAAAGAAGGUCCGGCAUAUAGGCUCCAAUCAGUCGGCGAUUGUCACUAUCGAACUCACUGACAGAGGUUUGAAAAUGCCGCUGCUAACCUUCGACCAAAAUAAGCGUUUUGGUCGCAUCCUGCUACGCAGAGACGGUAAAACCAUCGCUGCAGGCGUGGUAAAGUCAAUUGAUGCAUCCUGA